AGGUCACUGUUUGAGCAUAAUUUCUACUGGCCUUUCUUUCCAAAAUGGACGGACCAGUACACGAUUCCAGCAGUUAUGGAAGACAAGGUCUCCAACAUGCCAGCCAAACGCUUGAACAAGAGAAAUCCUCCAGAAGAAAAUGCCACUACAGAGAGCAAAAAAGUAAAAGUCUGCCACAGGUCUCACCGAACAGAAGCAGGCUUGGUGCUGACCCUGGGCCAGGGGGAUGUAGGUCAGCUGGGGCUCGGCGAGGAUGUGAUGGAGAGGAAGCGGCCGGCCCUAGUCUCCAUGCCUGAAGGCAUUGUGCAGGCUGAGGCCGGAGGGAUGCACACUGUGUGUCUGGGCAAGAGUGGUCAAGUCUACACCUUUGGCUGCAAUGAUGAGGGCGCCCUCGGAAGGGACACCAGCAUAGAGGGAUCAGAAACCAUCCCAGGGGUAGUGAAUCUGUCAGAGAAGGUGGUGCAGGUUUCAGCUGGGGACAGUCACACUGCAGCACUGACUGAGGAUGGGCGAGUUUUCCUCUGGGGCUCCUUCCGGGACAAUAAUGGAGUCAUCGGCCUCCUGGAGCCCAUGAAGAAAAGCAUGGUCCCUGUACAAGUCCAGCUCGAGGUGCCUGUGAUCAAGGUGGCAUCAGGCAACGACCACCUGGUGAUGCUGACGGUGGACGGCAACCUGUACACGUCCGGCUGCGGGGAGCAGGGCCAGCUGGGCCGGGUGCCCGAGUUCUUCGCCAACCGUGGGGGCCGGAAAGGCCUUGAGCGACUGCUGGUCCCCUAGUGUGUGCUGCUAAAGUGCAAGGGUCAGCGGGGCUCCGUCCUCUUCCAGGACGCUUUCUGUGGUGCCUAUUUCACCUUUGCCGUCAGCCGUGAGGGCCACGUUUACGGCUUUGGCCUUUCCAACUACCACCAGCUUGGUACUCCAAGCACGGAGCCUUGCUUUGCUCCCCAGAAUCUAACGUCGUUCAAGAACUCCACCAAGUCCUGGGUGGGCUUCUCUGGAGGGCAGCAUCACACAGUUUGCUUGGACUCGGAAGGUAAAGUGUACAGCCUGGGCAGGGCCGAGUACGGGCGUCUGGGCCUGGGGGCAGGAGCCGAGGAGAAGAGCAGUCCAACCCUCAUUCCGAAACUGCCUCCCGCCUCAUCCGUCGCCUGCGGUGCCUCGGUUGGCUAUGCCGUAGCCGAGGAUGGCCGAGCAUUUGCCUGGGGCAUGGGCACCAACUUUCAGCUGGGCACAGGAGAGGAUGAUGAUGUCUGGAGCCCAGUGGUGAUGGCAGGCAAACAGCUGGAGAACCGGGUCGUUCUGUCAGUGUCCAGUGGGGGGCAGCACACGGUCUUACUGGUCAGAAACAAGGAGCAGAGUUGAUGAAACCCUUAAUGAAACUGUCUGCUCUCCCUCCCCCCUCCUCCAUGGGAAAGAUAGGACUCCUUCAGCUGUCAGCAGAAAACCUCCAUCUACAAACCUUUACCUGCCCUCCAGCAGCAGAAAUGGAAUCUUGGCUCUUUUAGGGAAUUGUCUUGUGAACAUCAAGAUGAAGGGAUUGCAUUAAAAUACGCAAGGAAUGAAUGAAUGGACAUUUCCCACCCCAGAGCCACUGCUCUCUUGUCUGUCUGAUCCUCAUCCCCCUUCAGGCCCCUUCACCCUGGCCUCCCUUUGACUUUGGGUUCAUGUUCACUGGAAGAAUGUGGUUGGAGCCCCCAUGGGUCCUGUCUUCCACUGUGCCUCUCCCCACCCCCACCACACCACUGAGAAGUCAGCAUUUUCUCCCUGGGGGUGUCCAGUCCACAUGACUUAAAGUCAUCAGAAUGCUCACAGUUGUUCAACUGGCUUUGUUCCCUCAGUUCCUGUAGCCACAACUGUUAUGUUGUCAGCCCCUUCCCCAUCCAUCUGGGGCUGUCAGUUAAGGACAAGGCUUACCUGCUUGCCAGAAGGGGAACUGAGCCAAGGUUGCUCCCCAGAACCUCAGUCUUCCCCCAGGAAGGGGCCUGGCCUGGGCAAGGAAGACACUAGAUGGGUGGAUGGUGGGUCUCAGGUUGUGGACCUAGGCACUCCCCUUGGGCUCACAGCUUCCUCCAGGACAGUGAGUGUCCAGGCCACAGAAGCAAGGCAAGGCAGACCCAGUUGGCCAAGAAAAGGAAUCGAGUGGUAUUUCCCACACCCCAGCGAGGCCUAAGCAGUCCUCAUUCAUCCUUCCCCACAGACUGGUCUGAUGCCACGUCACCCACUGACUUCUUGCAGCCAGAUUCCAAAUGCCACGAAUGGAAAUUGUGUUUUUCUGGGAAGGAGAACUACCUUUUUAUAAAUUAAUUUAUAAUAAUAUGAAAAUGGGAGGGGUGUGUAGGUAAGGGAGGUUGGGGGGGCUGGUCCUUGAGGGAGGGGUACAUUAAUUUGUACAGUAGCUCAGAAAAUAGUUUUUUUUUAAAAGAGUGUUUAAAGUAUUUUGGUCAGGGAGAGUAAGAUCUUUUAACACUGAAUAAAUUUUGAGGUGUUUUUUUUUCUUUUUUUCUUUUUUUUAAAGGAACUGGUCUAUUCUCGUCUUUGCUCCAUAAAGAGGUAAAGUUUGCAGUGAGGGCAGGGGGAAGGGAGCAUUCUAUGUCUGUCUGAAUCUUAGCAUCUAAGAUGACUGAUUCCCUGGAUCUUUUGGCCUCAGAUGAGCUUUACAGACAGUCCUGGGGUUGGCAGUCCUUAAAAAUGAAUACCCCCUGAAGUCACACUUGUCUGGUGCUGCAGGGCCCAUCCUCAUUCAUUGCUCAGGUGCUUGGGUAGUACCAGGGAAGCUCCAUCUUGGGUCAGAAGAUCUGGCUUAAGACUUCUGACCCUAACACUUGGCUUUCUGUUUUUAGGCAAGUAUUUUUUACUUUUCUGGGCCUCAAUUUUCAUGAGAUCUGUCAUUUAGAACCAGAAGUCAUCAUCUAAUCCCCUCAUUUUACAGGGGUAGAAAUGGAGGCCAAGAGAAGUCUACUGCCUUAACUAAGGUCACAGCUAAUCAUUGGUAGAGUUAGGAUUUGAACCUAAGGUCCACUGAAUCCAACUCCUGAGCUAUUUUUCUCCUUUCCUAUGCUUUUCCUACUCUCAACAUGCAGAUAAUCACAUUCGUCCCAUCUACCUGCCAGGGAUGUUAAGAGGAUAGUUUAGAAACCAUAAAAUACAAUAUCUGCUCAGGCUGUUGUUAUCACAGAGACGUGUUACAACUUUCAUUCUUAAGUAUUUGGCUAAGCAGGGGGAAGGUAGAUGCCCCAAGGCAUGCGUGAGAUCAUAGCAUUUACAGCUAGAAGGGACCUUAGAUGUCCUUAGAUCUAAUCUCACCCCCUAUAUUUUCCAGAGGAGGAAAUCAUUCAGGCAGACUCUGGGUCCAAAGUCCUGGAGGGCAUUCCAGCUGAGGAAUGCUGCCUUUGUGUAGAAUACUUAAUUGAUGCAGGCAGCCAGAAGAGAUUAGAGUCCUACAAGUAAAACCAACCCCAGGAGAGAUGCCAGAUUCACCAAGAAAGCUAAAGUGGUCGGUAGAUCUCAAAGUAUUGUGCAGUACAUCUCUAAUCCGUUCAAGUCAUCCUCUCCCUUCACCUACUGAUGAUGCCUAGAUUCCCAUAAAGUUUUGAGGAUUUCCAAAAUAGUUGAUUAGAGAUUGGGGAGCACUGGCCCUGAAGUCAGGAGGACCUGAGUUCAAAUCCAGCCUCAGACCAAACACUAGACACUAAACUAGCUGUGUGACCCUGGACAAGUCACUUAACCCCAAUUGCCUAAAAAGAAAAAUAGAGAUUGGGGGCUCCCAUGUUGAAUGGUCCUAUUCGGUUCUCCCUGAGAAGCAGCCUGAGAGAUUGGGAGAAAAUUAUAAAUUCUAGUUAUAUCCCUAUGAAGACUCCAGGAUGGGGAGGGCAGGGAGAGAGCCAUUAUGAAAGAUACAGCCUUGUGUUUGGGUGGCCAAUCACUUCCUUGCUUUCUGCUCUCUUUUUGGUCUGGCCUGAUACACCAGAGAUUAUCUGGCUUAAAAUUUCUGAUCUUCGGUACGUGAUAAAGGUGUCUUUGGACAAGUGGCUGCUAGGGAUGGACUUGGGGCUGAGCCUGAAUAGGAAGAAGGAAGCUCCAAGCCUGCCAGUGGGAUGGGGUGAGAGAACACUAGAUUUGGAGUCAGAAGUUGUGGAUUCGAGCCCUAGCUUACUCUUUCAGUACUUGUUGACCUUGGGCAGGUUGCUAAAAGGGUUAACCUAACAAGUUUCUAAAAGUCAAUAACCAUAAGUCUAUUACUUGAGAUUCCUGUUUUUUCAUCUGUGAAACCCAGAUAAUCUUUCUGACCCCUCUCAAAGGGGUAGGAGGUCCCAACAUCUGUGAAAGUGUUCUUUGCUUACCAUAAUUUUCGAUUACAGAGUGGCUAACACAAAUACAAACAAACAGGAAUGAAAUCCCCAAUGAAACCAUGGAAUCCAAAUUAUUUUUUCAAAAAAUACAUAAAUGUGACAAAAUUAUAACGA